AUGGCCGCCGUGCUGGACGAGUGCGUCAACAAAGUCGAGUCCUUGAUCCUCGAGGUCGCCAAGGACAUGAACGCCGCGGACAUCCCGAAGAUGCGCGUGGACCCGGACGAUCCUUGGGCGGACAUCUGGGCGCCGCCGCCGCACGUGUACAAGGAACGUUGCGCCGACACGGGGUACCUCAUGACGAAGCCGUUCGAGCGGAACAACCCGAUGCCGGGGAAGUUCGAUCAGACGUGCGAAUACAUCGUGAAGCUGCUCAAGCCCGUGAUCAAGCCGAAGAGCGGCGGCAAGGAAGCCGGCGGCGGCGGUUCGAUCCCCGGCGGCGGCGCGAAGAAGGAGAAGAAGGAGAAGAAGGAGAAGCAACCGCAGCCGCCGCAGUCGGACGAGGACCCGUUCGUGAAGGCGAAGCUCGUCGUCGCCAAGGUGGUGGACGUCGCGCACGUGGAGAACAGCGACAAGCUGUACCUGUGCAAGGUGCAGAUUGGACCCGGGGAGGAGGACGUCAAGCAGGUCGUCACCGGGUUGCGCAAGUACGUCCCGGAGGAGGAGCUGAGAGGUCGCAAGGUGUUGUGCAUCUUGAACCUGAAAGUCGCGAAGCUCGCGGGGCAGACGUCGGAGGCGAUGAUCCUAGCCACGGAGGCGACGAUCGGCGAGGAGCUCUCGGUGAAGCUCGUCAACGUUCCGGACGGCGCCGACGUCGGCGACGCCGUCGGCGCGGAGGGCAUCGAGCCCGCGGCGACGUACCCGAAGGAGUGCAAGAGCAAAUUCUGGGACGCGGUGAAGACGAAGCUGACGGUCCGGGGGGGGAAGGCGACGUACGACGGGAAGAUCGUCGGGUGCGCCGCGGGGGCGUGCUUCGCGGACGCGUCCGUGCCGGACGGGUCCUUCAUCAAGUAG